AAGGGGAGGAUCACGGGGUCAAAAAAGUAUAAAAACUGCUGUGGUAACAAACUUUCUAUCAAGCAUCAGUUUGCUGUGAACCAUGAUGUCCUUCAAGACUGCACUGGGUCUGCUUUUCUUGGCCGUGUUGGCCGUGGUGGCUGAAUCCUCAUGGGGCAAUGGGAAUGGAAACUCUUACAAUUACGACCUUUCCAAAAUGUCUGACCUAAGGAAACUAUACAACUCCAAAGUUUUCAAGGCAGAGAGGAUGACCAGACCUUUGGAGGGGAUGUCUUUCCAAGCAGGCAUACUCAGCCACUCUGGAGUCAGAGUCACUCUAGAAGACGGCACUAAAUGGCUGGUCCAUAAAGGAGAUGGCUACGGCAUCUCAUCCCAGACCGUUGUUGUGGCUGCCCGUCAUAUGAGCAGCAACUGGAAGGCAAGAAAUCCUAUUGUUGAGACAAAAGAUUUCCGUGGGAGCAAGACAGUGUCUGAUUUUGUGAAGGCUGGAGGAACGAACUACAAACUUUUGUUUGAUAACUGCCAUAAUGCAGCUGACCGGAUGAUGGAUGGUUAAAUUCACAAUACGAUGUAAAUAGAUUAUGAAGAGAGCAUCACUUUGAUACUUUUUUAUGAUUCAUUUGGUAAUACAUUCUUUUGACUCUCUUGUGUUUCUUAAAUAAAUAUUUUUUGUUUCAAUGGUGAA